GCCCACUGCCGUAGUGGACUAUAUUGAGAGCAAGUACGAGGAGUAUCUGUCAUGCGAGUUGAAGGCAUGUCGUAUUGGCGAUGGAUGGCCUGAUCGCCGUGUGCAUAUGUGCCUGUACCUCAUUUCUCCCACACCAGACGGACUAGGUGCCCUGGAUCUGCUUAUGCUCAAACGAUUGUCACAGAUUGUCAACGUCAUUCCACUCAUCGCCAAAGCGGACACCAUGUUGCCAGAUGAGAUAGCUCAGUACAAACAACUGAUAUCAGCCCAAUUCAAACAGCACUGCAUCAAAGUAUACGGCUUCGAGGUCAACGGUGGUGCCUACUUGAUCAACACACACAUUGUAAGAACGGAGAUGAGUAAUGAAUAA